AUGGCCUCCAAUAAGGCUGUAUUCUCCCCUCUUGACUUCGAUAUAUUCUACAAUGUAAUCGACGGGGAACUCUCGUCCACCCAGAAUAACGUCCGUUACGGCAUAAACCCUUUCACUCUAGAGAACAACCCAGCAGUUCCCGUGAUUUCGCUACACGAUGUCAACCGAGCCGUCGAAGCGGCCGAGAGAGCAGCAAAAUUAUGGGCUAAGGUCCCCUGGGACGAACGCGUGAGCGCAAUCGGAGAAUACGCCAAUGCCGUCGAAGGUAAAGCCGAAGACUUUGCCCGGCUCCUAAUGAAGGAGACCGGAAAACCCAUCAAUUUGGCUCGACAGGAAAUCAACACAUGUGUUGAAUAUCUCAGGGGAUUCUGUCAGCUAUCCCUUCCUAGCGAAGUCAUUGAAGACACAGAAAACCGCAAAGUUGUUAAGCGAUACACGCCUGUUGGUGUUGUGGCCGGGAUUGCUCCUUGGAAUUUCCCUGUUCAACUCUUAUGUAUGAAGAUGGUGCCUGCUGUACUGACUGGCAACGCCUUUAUAUUGAAGCCAUCUCCCUAUACGCCUUACUGCAGCCUCAAGUUUGCUGAAUUAGCCCAACGCUUUUUCCCUCCCGGUGUGUUCCAAGCCUUGAGUGGGGAUAACGAUUUGGGGGCUUUACUAACCGAACAUCCAAAUGUUCAAAUGGUGACCUUCACUGGUAGUAUUUCGGUGGGGAAAAAGGUAAUGGAGUCUUGUAGCAAGACAUUGAAGCGAGUGGUACUAGAAUUAGGUGGUAACGAUCCAGCUAUCGUUUGUGCUGACGUCGAUCCCGCCUCUGUGGCGGUAAAAAUCGCUUCUGCUGCUUUCUGCCACUCAGGCCAGAUAUGCAUAGCGAUAAAACGAGUAUAUGUCCACGAGGCAGUUUAUGACGCCGUGCUGGCUACGAUUGUCGAGUUUGCAAAAGCAUUGAAGUUGGGCUCUGGCGAGGACGCUUUUGCAGGACCAAUAUGCAACAAAGAUCAGUUCGAGCGCAUCAGGGACUUACUCCUGAAUGUGGAAAGCACAAAGCUUACGGUUGCAACGGGGAGUACGAAGCCUCCAUCGGAUAUGGGCGGUUACUACAUCAUCCCAACGAUCAUCGAUAACCCACCAGACGACGCACGGAUUGUCGUAGAAGAGCAGUUCGGACCUAUUCUUCCCCUAAUGAAAUGGUCAGAUGAAGCCGAUGUUAUUUCCAGGGCUAAUAAUACCAGCAUGGGCCUCGGUGCAUCUGUGUGGAGUCGAGAUAUAGACCAAGCUGAGCGUCUGGGGAAGCAGCUUCAGGCUGGUAAUAUUUGGAUCAACACACACGCCGAGAUACAAGCGAGCGCCCCGUUUUCAGGUCACAAGCAGAGCGGGCUCGGAAGUGCAAUGGCCGUCGAGGGCCUGAAAGCAUGUUGCAAUGUGCAGAGCGUAUACACUCGUCCAGCCGAUGGCACUGCAUAACGUCUAUAACUGACUCUCGGGCGACACGUACCACGAUUAUUGUAUGACUACCCAAGGUACGCUUUUGAGUAUCAAUAUAUGGCCGAGUCUGAAAUGUGUUGGAUGAAGAGCAAUAAACAGCAAGAAUAACGUGUGAGUGAGGGGGG